AUGGCGCCCCCGCCGCCGCCUUCGGAGCCGUUGUCGUCCUCGACGACGCCGAGCGUCAAGAUCCUCCCGCUCCGGCCCUUCCAACCCGACCUGCACGAGCGCGCCUGGGCCUCGGUACCGCACCCGACGCUCCCGCUCCUCGCGACGGCACACUCCAAGAGUGCCACCGUCUUCUCCCUCGCGACCCUCUCCUCCCACAGCUCCCUCACCGGCGGGCACACGCGGUCGGUCCGCUCCGUCGCCUGGAAGCCGGGCCUGCCGCCGCACAAGCUCUGCCUCGUCACGGGCAGCUUCGACUCCACCGCGGGGCUAUGGCGCUGGGACGGCGAUACGGCGGGCGAGGUCGGCCCCGCGCUCGAGAUGGAGGUGACGGCCCGCAGCGCUGCCAGAAGCACUGCUGCACAUGCCGGUGACGACUCAGACCGCGAUGACGACGGCGACGACAACGACAGCGACCGCGGCGGCGACGGCAAGGACUGGGAGUUUACGCUCGUGCUCGAGGGCCACGACUCGGAGAUCAAGUCGUGCGCCUUCUCGCCUUCGGGCGCCUACCUGGCAACGUGCUCGCGCGACAAGUCGGUCUGGAUAUGGGAGGACAUUGGCGCGUCCGACGACGACGACGAGUGGGAGACGGUCGCGGUGCUCAACGAGCACGAGGGCGACGUCAAGGCCGUGGCGUGGUGCCCCGACGUGCCCGGGCGCAACGCCCGCCGCCGCUUCAGCCCGGAUGUGCUCGCCAGCGCGAGCUACGACAACACCGUGCGCGUCUGGCGCGAGGACGGCGACGGUGAGUGGGUGUGCGUCGCAGUGCUCGAGGGCCACGACGGCACCGUCUGGGGCGUCCAGUGGGAGCCGCGGCCCAGCCACGGCCGCUUCCCCCGUCUGCUAAGUCACUCGGCCGACGGCACGAUUCGCGUCUGGACGCUCAAGGACGAUGAAGAUGACGACGAGGGACAGAGCAGUGGUGCCCGGAGCGCGCUCGGCGGCAUCCCCAACACGAUGAGGAGAUCGCUGCGCGAGGAGUGGACCUGCACCGCCGUCCUGCCAAUGGCCCAUGGCAGGGACAUUUACUCGGUGGCGUGGAGCGGCGAGUCGGGCCUCGUCGCCAGCACGGGCAGCGACGGCAUCGUCGCGCUGUACAAGGAGGUGGAAGAGCCGGCAGCUGUGCCAGCUCCGGACGCAGUACCCCAGGAGGGCCAGCCGGCAGCCGACGGACAGAAUGGCGCGAGCCCCUCGGCCGCGUCUUGGAAGCUGGUGGCGACGCAGCCGGGUGCCCACGGCCCCUACGAGGUCAACCACGUCACCUGGUGCAGGCGGUACGAUGCGGGCUCCUCCCGGAGAGGCGAGGAGGAGAUGCUGGUCACGACGGGAGACGACGGCGUUGUUCGCCCCUGGGAAGUCAGGAUACAGCCUGAAGAUGGCAGUUAG